AUGAACCAAUCAUCCCAGAAGAAAGUUCCUCGGGUACAAACUGCUCCCGACACAUCAGCUACAAAGGUAGCCAUGCCCAGGACUUCCUCAGACCAUCGCACUUAUACCGAAAAAGAGGUGCAGGGCUUCGUAGGUAAUGUGUUAGAUAUGGCAGUACAGCUUCUAGCAGGGGAGAGAAAGAGAGAGGGACCGAGAGACGUUUCUGAAAACAACUCGGGAAGCGACGCGGCAAGCGAGACAGUAAUUAAUAGUCUUCAGAGUGGCCCGGCCCCGGCCCGCAAAAAGAGAGCGCUCGAUACCGACGAGGAAAUAAUUUGCAACACCCCAGCCAUCACUGCGGAAUCUCCUCGGCCAACGAUCAACCAACGUCUUCUUUCUAAUACUGCAUCCCGAAAAAAGACAGGCAGUCGCCAAAACACGCGAGUUAAGUCACAAGACUUGUGUGCGGCUCGAAGACUGCAACGAGAAACCCCCUUAGCGACUUGGAUAGAACAGAAUACUACCACACAUGGUAAAGUUCGAGAUUGGCACACUAGGGCCCAUUCUCUUCAACUCAUGUGUUCCGUCUCCACGAGACAACAAACUCCCGACCCGUCGGUUCUAUGGGGACCUUGCGCUCCCGCUGACUACGACUCGCACGGAAAAUUACUCUCCACGCGAGUUUCCGUUGGGUUACCGGCGAUGAAUGCGGCGGGCCAAAUACUCUUAGUUGACGGAAAACCAAUGCUUGGCUUCCUACGAGAUAUAGCUGAGCAAUUUCCUCGUUACGAUGAGAUCGAGGCUACAGCAAAGGCUGCCGUCUGUAGAAAAAAUGCCGCUUGGUACGAACAAAAAUUCCGGGAUACAAAUGCUAGACACUUGUCGCGCUCCGGUACUGGCAAUCAGAAUGGACCCGAAGCCGUCAAGCCAACUCACAUUUUUCCUCUAUUCCUCCUUCGUCCAGGACUCGAACCAGAUACUGAAUCAGCUGAUAAGUUUCCUCCAUCCCCACCUAGAAACACCAUACAUACCACAGCAUUCCCUGGUUUCCCUUUCUCUUUACCUCGUGCUACGAUACGACAAAGUGUACCAAAAUUGUCCUUCUCAGAAGAAGCUUCAAGAACUUGGUCGAGUGACAACCGAGUUCGUUCCACCUUAGUAGCACGUGGGCCACUAGAGCGACUUGGUCAAGACGACUAUAUGCUGAAGACAACCGAAAACAACCGAUUCACAAGUCCCGCCGUGUCUCCAAAUGGUGACAUCGAAGCCGAAAAUCUGGUCCGAGAAGAUCUCUAG